AUGUUGAGUGGAAAUGAAGGUGUGAAUGAUAAUAAAACAACGACAACUUUGUUAGGGGAAACGAUCAGAAGCUCACAACAACCACGAUUGUGCCAACAUUGUCAUCACAAGUCUCAUAUACGAUGUGUGUUAAUGGACAAUUUGUGUCGAUUUAUCAGCGAUUCAUUCUCCUUCUGCCUCUCGUUUAUGGACGUUUUGAACAGUAUUCUCACUGAAUCAAAUUAA